AUGCGCCCUUCUCUUGCUCUUCGGGCCUUCCGCCCUACGGCCCGCAUGAUGCGCCCCGUUCCCAAGGAGGACCAGGCCGGCCACACCGUCUCCCAGCGCCUCCGCAAGCUCAAGCAGAUGCCCGCCGAGCUGUACCCCCUCUUCGUCGUCGUCGGCUUCGCUCUGGGCGCCGCUGCCUACUCAUGCUCGCGCAAGUUCUUCGUCGACAAGAACCUGCGACUGUCCCGACAGGGUGCCGCUGCCCGCGCCGCCCAGAGCCACACCGAGCACGGAGAGCACUAA